AAUAUAGGUCGACAGACCUAUCCUUAUUACUGAAGACUGAAGGUCGCAGUUACUUGCGGCAGUAUUGAAGGUUGUCGAACCUUUUCGGAAUGAAAUGGUGCUGGUUGAAUUUUUGUUACUGUAUCUUUUCUGUUUUGUUGUCAAGUAUUAGCUUGUCGUACGGAAGACACACAUCAAAUUGGGCUGUUCUUGUAGAUACUUCGCGGUUCUGGUUCAACUAUCGACAUAUAAGCAAUGUCCUUUCAAUUUAUCGAAGUAUCAAGCGCCUCGGAAUACCAGAUAGCCGUAUUAUUUUGAUGGUGGCUGAUGAUGCAAGUUGUAGCUCGAGAAAUCCGAGACCAGCAACAAUCUUCAACAAUCCUUACAGUCGGGUAAAUUUGUAUGGCGAAGAGAUAGAGAUUGAUUAUCGUGGUUACGAAGUUACUGUAGAAAACUUCAUUCGUGUAUUAACUGGGCGUUUACCUCCUUCGACACCUACUUCUAAGCGCCUCAAUACUGAUGAGCACAGUAAUAUCCUAAUAUAUAUGACAGGCCAUGGUGGUGAUGGUUUCCUUAAGUUUCAAGAUGAUCAUGAGCUUUCUAACAGUGAACUGGCCGAUGCGAUUGAACAGAUGUGGCAAAAACGUAGGUAUCAUGAAUUACUAUUCAUUGUCGAUACAUGUCAAGCUGAAUCAAUGGGCAAGUUGUUUUAUUCGCCUAAUGUAGUAGCCAUCGGUAGCAGUGCUAUAGGAGAAGAAUCAUUAUCUCUCCAUUCGGAUCGCGAAAUUGGGACCUAUGUUUCUGAUCGAUAUUCUUACUAUGCGUUUCAGUUUUUGGAGUCUGUUACUCCUUCGAGCAAAAGAACAUUGUAUGAUUUUUCCCAGUUAUGCUCUUACUCAUUAUGUCAAUCAACUGUUAUCACUCGAUCUGAUUUAUUUAGACGUGAUAUACGUCGCGUACUUGUUACAGACUUUUUUGGUAGCGUGCGUCAUAUAAUCCCUGGACCAGUUAUAGAAAUCAACAAUUCCACUUUGUAUGAAAACAAUAUAUUAAUUAAACACUGAAUCGAAGCAUUUUUCGUACGUUACACCUCUCAACGUGUAUCUGUGAUACUAGUUUUUUAAUUAAUAUAUUAUUGUACAAUCCGUUAGACCAUUUUUACAUACAUUUUUUCUGUAAUAAUUGUUUUAAAAUUUAUUGAAUUUCGUUAAUAUGCCAUCAUAACUUUUGUAAUACCACAGGGAAGAGCUAAGUUUGUCAAUCGCUAUAAAUUUUCAGCCUAUUCAUGCUAUCAGUAGAGCUUUAUGGUUUG